AUGUGCUUAUAUAAGAAUGACAUCAAGGAUCUAUCCGCGCCCCGCAAGCCAGACCACGUAACGGAAACUCUCGCUCAUACCUUAUAUACAUUAUCGACAUUCAGUAAACGAUCAAAUCACUUUAUAUCACAUUGCUUCGCCAAUGGCUCAUCUGUUUACCUCACAAUGCUACCAAACUACUUGACGAGUAGUUACUUACAGUACAAAGAGGAUACAAAUGCAGUGGCAUCAUGGCUCGCAAAAACUGCCAAAAAAUGUGGAUACGAAAUGGACCUCCAAAAAGACAAGACGGGUCAACAGAAAAAAAAAGGUAGGCAAAAGGGGAAAGCAAGGAAAACUGCCCGUAAGGCCAAACCUCCUCCGGUUGAUUCAUCCACUACAAAAUCAACAUCGGCCAAGCUGCGCACGCAUAUCAUUGCUGUUCGUGACUUCGUCCCUCUUGCUCAAUGGAUUGUAGACUGCGAAACACUCAGGGUUCGCGUCCCGUCCACAUUUUCCGUAGCGAUCGAGCGAGCUAUAUCGGCACGGCAAGCUCAUCAGGGUAUUCUGGGAGGAAGUGGGGGAAUCAAGGACGACGGACAUACUCAUUUUAUCAGUAUCCUCGAGCGCGUUCAAACUAUUCUACAACCUCUGUUUUUAGAGGAAGGCAAGGAUGGCCUGGCCAACAGGUUUGAGAGGCUCGAUAUUCAAGAGCCGUCAGAUAAAUUUGUUCAAACCGCAGAUAUCAAGACACCAGAGACACCAGAACCUGAACCAGACUCAGAUACCCAAUAUGAAGCAGAACAAGUACAAGAUAUGGAUGAGAUGUAUAGUGCAUUCCGCCUUCUUAUCCAGGAUUAUCAUUCCUUCCGCGUGGCAAUAAACGAAACAUGGGUGGGCUACCAGCAAGGCGUCUUCGAUCUUGUUUCUGCGUCUAUAAUGACAAAUACAGCCCUUGAAUUUGCCCGUCGGCUGGAGAAAGACGCAGAACCCCUGUUUGAGAAAUUUGGCGGAUCGGAGCAGAUCUUAGUGGCGGCAUUUUUAGCACAAUGUAAACGUAUGGGAGAAGAAGAAAGCUAUAGGGAGCAAUCUGGAGAUGAGUUUAACUUCAACGUUUGGGAGGCUGCAUCAGAGAUCUUUUUCCCGACCUACAUGCUUCUCGAAGCAUUCGUUCCCAUGGUGAGCAAGUAUAAUAUGCCAAUCUACAAACCCGGCUACUUUGGUGUUUACGAUCCCGCCAGCGACCGGACAAAAAAAACACCAAGGGAAAAAUUCAAAGAAGACAAAGUAAUUCUUACAGAACAUUUUACCGAGUUUGCAUUGCUCGCUAUUUGCGUGCCCGACCUCGACGCUGAAGAUGAACUUACGCGCAGCUUCAAGGAAGCAUUCGAAACCCACAAAAUUACACUCUCUCUUGUGUUUGCUACCCAGGUGUACCUUGAUAUUCACCAUGUCUUGCGUGAAGGGGUAAAACGUGGCCUUUCUGAUUUAAUGACUACCGCUGGGAUGAUUGACGAGUCAAUAAAUGACAACUUUCAGUAUCAUAAAUCACUCCAUAUCGCCGGGUGGCCUCGAUCCAAUGAUGCUAUUCUGAAAAACAUCCAGCAACAUAUAUUCCAAUAUACCAAAAAGGACAUGGUAGGAGAGGCGAGAAAGCGUCUACAUCAUCCUCCUAGCAAGCCUUACAGAUUGCUCUCCUCCCAUCCUCUGUUAUGUGGGCUGCUUGUUUAUAGCCUAAAGGUUACAUUCCAAGACGUCAGUCUAGCGUUCGCAGAUGCCUGGGGCUCCGUCUUGUAUACCUUUCAUUUAUACAAUGCUGUGAAACAAGAGAAAUUACUUGGGAAAAAUUGGACGGAUAUGGACGUAAUAAUGGGUAUACAAGGCAAGAUUUUUGUUGGAAAUCCACCGAAAACCCCGGAGGAUUACCUGAAACAAUUCGCUCUCAGCAUGGGUUGGUCAGCAACAGCAUUCGCCAAAGACAGACAUCACGGUACUUUGCGGGCUUCAUCUCGUGGUCCCAGGUGUCUUAAGGAGCUUGCACCAGUUGCACAGAUGUUCAAGGCGAGAUUUUGUGAAGGCUCUGGCCAGACCGACUGGAUGUCAGUGGAUAUAGAGCAGAUAGUAUCCAAGUCUAACUGGAAGGAGGAGCCUCCCUCUGGAGACCUUUGUAUAUAUUCCAUGUCUCAAAAAGAGGAUAAGGAACAAAAGCGAACAACGUCAGCACGGUUAGAUGUAAUCGAUCUAUUGAAACGUCUCCGAAAUGCUCUACAAGCUGAAUCACUGGAACUCAGUCUACCAUAUCUUGAAUUUCAUCGAAUAUGCUGGUCGAUUCUUCCUCUUCAAGAAAUGUUCGGUGUCGGUUAUUUGGAGAGGGAAAAUCAGCUGCCUUUUGUUGUGGGUUAUAUAUUCAUGGCUGCAACAAACACGAAAAAAUUGAGUGGCCUGUUAGGGGUUCGAAAGUCGGAUGAGGUUACUAGCAAGUUGUUGCUUGCAGCUGCUACCGUCAUAGACGAGUGUAUAGGAAUCGUUGGGAGACUGUGCUGCGACAUACUAGAACAAGAAAAUAUUCACGUUGCGGAUGAGAGCAGCGACGAAGAUGAAGAUGAAUGA